AUGAGGUCCAUAGUGGAAAUGCUGGACAUAGGCCACAAGUCAGAAAACCACACUAUUUCAGACUGUGUUGCCUGGUGUUUCACUAUAUCCUUGUGUGAGGAAGAGUAUAAAGAAACAGCAAGGAGUGAGUCGUCCCCUCACGUAAUUGUUGUAGAAUCAGAGAUAUCAGUAAAACCCAAAGCAAAGGAACGAGCUGAGGAGAUAGAGGAAGGUCGCGCGGGCAGAAUAGAAAGAGCUCGCGAGGAUGGAAUGCGCGGGAGAGAGAGGCAGUUGAAGCCGUUAGAAGGAGCUGAGGCAGGAGCAAGAAGGAAGGUGUACCGAGAGAGGGAGCAGAUAGAUAUAUUCCUGACCACCGAAGAGGGAGCAAUCUCUAGAGAAACUAAGAAAGUGACCGCAUUUAAAGAAAGCGAGUCAGGAGGAUCAGUUAGAGAUGCCCAAGCCUUUUCAGUUCCUGUGAAGAGGUUUGCUCAUGAUCUGAUAGAGGGAGAAGCUGAAGACUGCAGAGCCAACAAAGUGAGACCCAUCAUCCCCCGUCUAAGUCCCGAAGAAUGGGCCGUGUUGGUUUAUCUGAAGAAACAGGGUCCUGCUCGAAUGGUACACCAUGUAACCCCAGAAGAAGAGAAAAAAAACAUUGAGAGAGGGGGAGUGGGUCCGCGAUCCCUGUUGCGGGACUCUCUGCGCAGUUUGCAACAACUUUCUGAGAUUGGCGACGGAAAAAGAGGAGAAAACAACUAACUAUUAAAGGGUUUAAAUGAAGAAAAAUCCGUUAUGGUUUGGGGAGAAUUCUCCUCCCCAGUUAUC